UCUACGAAUAUGCCAAUCACCAAGAUUUCAUAUAGUAGUAUAUUUUUUUUUCAGUUGUUGCGAAUUAACCAAAUUCCGUCAUCAUUGAAGAAUUUAUGCUGGUGACGCACAAUCAAAUUGAUCGAGUGAAACGGAUUGAAUUUGAUAUGAAGAGACACGGAAGCUCGAUCAAUGCUUCCGAUAAGGGACGGAUCAUAGCGGUCGACCCGAAUCUCCCGCGGGCUCUCUGUCAGAAUUGCCGCCAGAGCCUCUGCAUCGUCGGCGUCGAUUCGCAUGCCGAUAAAUUCCUUGCCUCAGGUGUGCAAGGUUCUUCAUUCCUUGGAACGGGUAGUAUUUCUGGUUCAAAACGGAUGGACCACUCAUUUGUUGUGUUGCCAAAGCAAAGGGAUCAGACAUCUGGUAUUCCUCCUCGUCCUCGGUCUGGGAAGGCAAUAGAUGAAUCAUUUGUUGUGUUACCUCCGCCAGCUGCUUCAGUGUAUAAAUCAGAGCUUGGAGCUGAUGGAGGUGGGACCAACUUGCCAUCACCUGAGGGUGGACCCGCUAGUUCCCUUAAUAAUUCAGGCUUCCACUCCAUGAUAACAGUCCUGAAUCGUGCAUUUGAUAUUGCCACUACACAAACUCAGGUUGAGCAGCCUAUGUGUCUGGAGUGCAUGCGUGUUUUGUUCGAUAAACUUGAUAAGGAGGUUGAAGAUGUGAAUAUGGACAUCAAAUCAUAUGAAACAUGUCUUCAAAGAUUGGAAGGGGAAGCUAAACAUGUGCUUAGUGAAACAGAGUUUCUUAAGGAGAAAUUAAAGAUAGAAGAAGAAAAACGGAAGCUCGAAGCAGCAAUUGCAGAAACAGAGACAAAAUGCGGUGAAGUAACUGCAGAGCUAAAGGAGCUGGAGUUGAAGUCCAGCCGGUUCAAAGAGUUAGAAGAAAGAUACUGGCAGGAGUUCAAUAACUUCCAGUUUCAGUUGAUCUCUCAUCAGGAAGAGCGGGGUGCAAUUCUGGCAAAGAUUGAAGUCUCACAAGCUCACUUAGAGCAGUUGAAGCACGUCAAUGUGCUUAAUGAUGCCUUUCCUAUUGGGUUUGAUAGAGCUUUUGGAACUAUCAACAACUUUCGCCUGGGAAGACUUCCUAAAGUCCAGGUUGAGUGGGAUGAGCUAAAUGCUGCUUGGGGGCAAGCUUGCCUUCUCCUUCAUACAAUGGCUCAAUACUUCAGGCCAAAGUUCCUAUAUCGCAUUAAAAUCCUUCCAAUGGGAAGUUAUCCUCGCAUAAUGGACAGCAGCAACAAUACUUAUGAUCUCUUUGGUCCUGUGAACAUAUUCUGGAGCUCUCGUUAUGACGAUGCCAUGGUGUUAUUCAUAACGUGUCUAAAAGAGUUUGCGGAGUUUGCAAACUCAAAGGAUAAAGAAAACAACGUUGCUCCUGAGAAAUGUUUCAAGCUUCCGUACAAAAUCGAGAAUGACAAAGUCGGAAAUUACUCCGUAUUUCAGAGCUUCAAGAGGCCGGAGAUGUGGACCAAAGCUCUCAAAUUCACCCUUUGUGAUCUCAAAUGGGCUCUCUACUGGUUUGUUGGGAAAACUAACUUCCAGCCACUCACUGCCUCUGUUGCACCUCAUUCCGACGUCUCCAGAGCACGAUCAGUCUGCAGUAAACAACCGGUAGAUACCAGGUUACAGUCAUAGUAAACGCUCUGCCCCACGUAGAAAAGCUGUUAGAGACUAGGAAUGCUUGUAUAGUGCACAGUUUCUUUAUACUGCUGUGAUAUAAAUAGAUUGUUCAGUCACUUGCAAACUCAAUAAUCUGAUUCGAUUUUUG